AAAUCCAAUGUAACUAAUUCUAACAUUACUACUAUUAUAGCUCAUUGACUCUAACCAGUAACCACAAUCCAUUAAUCAGACAACCCUUGAGAUACUUACAUUAAUUACAUCUUUUUAGGAUUGGAUUAUUCAAAAAUAAACUUGUGUACUGAAAAUAGCAAAUCACCGAACUUCUGUUAAAAUUUAAAAUACUACAAAACUAGUCCUCGUAGAAUUAUUUUCUUCAAAAUCUAAACCCAAACUUACCACUUCCAACACUUGUAUGCUGGAUCCUUAAACCCUGCUACUCCAUUCCCCCUUUGGGACCUCAUUAUUUUUAUUAUUAUUAACACUAAGAAAGAAAUGAGACGAAGCUUAAGCAAGCUUUCUCACUGCUCUAUCGGCCGACCCCCAACCACCUCCAUUUCCGCCGCCUUUUCAACUUUCUCCGGCGGCAGCGGCGGUCGAGGUAGGGGUAGAGGUUCGGAUUUCUCCAACUUCGGAUUCAGUCCGGGUAAACCCGAACCCGAUGAAGCCAAACCCGAACCCGAACCCGGACCGCCUGGAAUUGGGCAUGGACGAGGUCGAGGUAAUCCAUCAUUUUACUCCUUCGUUGAUAACCCUAAUACUCCUCCUCCUCCUCCUGCUGGCCGCGGCCGAGGUGGAAUCGGUCAGUUUUCUCCACCACCUCAGUCUCAGUCGCAACAGCAGCAGUCGAUGAGGAAACCGAUUUUCUUCGCGAAGCAGGAAGAAACAGCUGAUUUGAAUACUAGUUCUUCUGAUGCUCCGAGAAAACCGAGAGAAGAUUUGGAUCUUUCUAGUAGUAUAAUAUCAGCAUUGACCGGUGCGGGGAGAGGGAAGCCGGCGACUACAGCUGCUGCCCCUGUAUCUGAAAAGCCUAAGGAAGAGAAUCGGCAUCUCCGGGCGAGGCAGCAGAAAGCUGCUGAUGAUUCAGGGGAGAGAGCGAGUAGUCCACCUCCUCAGAAGUUGAGUAGGGAGGAUGCAGUGAAGAAGGCGGUAGGGAUAUUGUCUAGAGGUGAUGGUGGUGGUGGAAGGGGAAUGGGAAUGGGAAUGGGAGGAGGUUUUGGAGGUAGGGGUGGUCGUGGUGCGAUGAGAGGUAGAGGGGGGAGGGGAAGAGGAAGAGGUUAUCGUCGUGAGGAGAGUGAGGAUGGUAGUUUAGAGAGUGGGUUUUAUCUUGGUGAUGAUGCUGAUGGGGAGAAGUUGGCUCAGAAACUUGGACCCGAAAAUAUGAACAUAUUGGCUGAAGGAUUUGAAGAAGUGAGUGCCAGAGUAUUGCCUUCUCCAAUGGAUGAAGCCUACCUAGACGCCCUUCACACUAACAUGAUGAUAGAGUGUGAACCGGAAUACCUGAUGGGAGACUUUGAAAGCAAUCCUGAUAUUGAAGAGACACCUCCAAUUUCCCUUCGAGAUGCUCUUGAAAAAAUGAAGCCAUUCCUCAUGGCAUAUGAAGGGAUUAAGGAUCAAGAAGAGUGGGAGCAAGUCAUCGAAGAAACAAUGGAAACAGUCCCACUUAUGAAAGAGAUUGUUGAUUACUACAGCGGAGCAGAUGUAGUAACAGCAAAGCAACAGCAACAAGAGCUGGAAAGAGUGGCAAAAACUCUUCCAGAAAGUGCACCUAAUUCAGUAAAGCGGUUCACGGAUCGUGCCGUUCUGUCUCUACAGAGCAACCCAGGGUGGGGAUUUGACAAGAAAUGUCAGUUCAUGGACAAGGUUGUAAUGGAGGUCUCUCAGCAUUACAAAUAGAUCACACUUCAGUCUUAAGGAAAAUGUCGUCAAUAGUGAAGUCGAGAUAGAUGUGCUUAACAGCAGCACUAUGAGCUGGAGGAUGACUUGGAAAUAUUGCAUACGAUUUGUUUACUAGAAUUGUUGAGCACUUUGGUUUCUGUGUAUGGAGAUUCUUAUUUUUGCAUUGACAUGUAAUGGUGGAUUUGUUUUAAGGUUGUCCAUCGGCAUUGAGACAUCUCAGUUUUCAAUAAUUUGAAGAGUUCUGGAACCUUAGUGCUUUGGAGUUUUUCUGAUUUGCUUAAUACUGAUGUACUCUUGCAGAGCUGUACUACCUUUAAGAUACAAGGAUUAUACUUGAAUAAUUUGAGUCUUUCCUUUGGGAA